GUAGCAGCGGUUCUGGACGAGCAGCCUUCGCUCUGUUGUGAGAUUGUAAAUAAAGCUGACGUUAGCGAGUUAGCUUAGCGGAUAUCCAGUUUCCUUUGGGUGUUUAUCUUCGUUUAAGGAAAACAACUCCAUAAUGGUAUGGUGUGAGGUCAGCUGACGGUGGCAGAAGAAGUGAGUAGCUGCAGAUUCUCUGGUUUUCACUCUGUCACAGCAGCCAUGGCAGAGACUACCAGAGUGAGUAGUAAUGGGACGGCCCCACGGGGACCGUACAUAAGCGUGAUCACAAACCGCACAACUAACCUGCUGAUCCGCGGGGCCAUGCUGUUCGGUGUGGGCGUGUUUCUUGCCUUAGUGCUAAACCUGCUACAGGUGCAGCGCAAUGUCACCCUCUUCCCUCCUGAUGUCAUCAGUAGCAUCUUCUCUUCAGCAUGGUGGGUCCCACCCUGCUGUGGCACAGCAUCAGCUCUGAUUGGGCUGCUGUAUCCCUGCAUAGACAGGCGUCUAGGGGAGCCCCAUAAGCUAAAGCGCGAGUGGUCCAGUGUGAUGCGCUGUGUAGCUGUGUUUGUUGGGAUUAACCAUGCUAGCGCUAAGGUGGAUUUUGCGAAUAAUGUGCAGCUCUCUCUGACCCUGGCUGCGUUGUCAGUGGGGUUGUGGUGGACGUUCGACCGAUCUCGCAGUGGCUUUGGUCUGGGAGUUGCCAUUGCGUUGCUUGCAACUCUUGCCACACAGCUGCUUGUCUACAAUGGAGUGUUUCAGUAUACCUCUCCAGACUUCCUGUACAUCCGUUCCUGGCUGCCCUGCAUUUUUUUCGCUGGCGUGAUCACUAUGGGCAAUAUAGGACGACAACUCGCUCUUUAUGAGUGUAAAGUAGUUCAAGAGAAAUCCCACCAGGACUGAGAGACUCUUCCCGCCCUCAGGACAAGGAUGAGAUUGGUGCAAAUAUAAGGAAACACACAAACCUUCACAGCAUUGGAGUGAUUUACAGCAGAUGGAGGCAAAGUUGACGUCUCCAACAUUUUUUAAGACAGUGGGACAUUGUGGGGAUUGGUGCUUACUCGUUGGCUGUCGGUGCAUUUAAGCUCUGCGUCUUCAGAACUGAAGAAAGCUGGAGCUUGGAAUAAAAUUGAAACCUUUUUGCCCUCUGGCUUCAGCCUUUAGAGUGUGUGAAACUCGCACAUGCAUUGUCUCAGCAGUGCUGUUAAAACUCUCGGCUGGGAUGUGCCAAACUGACUGACAAACUGACGGAUCCAUCCCUACUGACCAGAAUACUCCCCUCUAUUACUCAACAUUGUGGUCAAUACUUCCCACGUUUUAAGGUCAUUCACUCGAAAGGUGCUGUUUGCCGAAGUGUGAACAUGAGAAAAAGUCAAAAACAUGCGCACACAUGGCUUCUGAGGUAAAAACAUAGAAAUAUAAUCCCUAGAAUGGACAUAUACAUUUAAGUGAGAUUUCAAUCAUAUCUGUAAGCCAUUUUAUCAAUAAGAAGGAAUAUGGUGGCUUAAAAGCCUCUUCUAGCAUUGUUUUCUGAAACAAGCAAGCAGAACUAUAACAGUACAAUUAACUCUGUUUACAGUAUGUUUUUCUGUAUGAUAGGUCCCUACACAGCAAGUUCAUACUUACUAGCACACAGGCAAUAUGAUAAACGGCUCUGUGUGUGUAAGAGAGCAGGAGCACAAUCAGUGUUAAACCAGGUAUUGUAUUGCAACACUAACCAUUGAACUUCUCUUCAGCAUUCCCUGUUUGCUCACAACACUUUUAAUCUCUCUCUCUUUCUACCCCACGACAAGAAAAAAAGCACUGCUUUUGCACACUAAUUUAAAUCCACUGAUGUUUGCCACAGCCUUAACAUUACUGAUAUCUUUGUAAAAGUGGUUUGACUAAAUCUAUUGCUUUAAAGGGAGCCGUCAGCAGACCUGGUACUACUGUCCAUUUCUGCUCCUUAACAACCUUUGAAUGGAACUGAAUAGUGGGAGUUUUUGGAGAGUGUUGUAUAGGCUUUUCACCAUAAACUUUUUGGAAAAUGUUUGGACUAUAUAUUUCCCCAGAAAUUAUUGCGAUAAAUGAAAUUAUUGUUAUUUUAAGAGUAGGCCUGUCACAAUAACUAUCUUAAUUUGGAUUAUAUAGUGUCUGAAAUAAUUGAAAAAAAAACAAUAUUACUGUCAUUUUAAGGUCAUUCUCGUAUAGCAUAUAAUGCAAUUACACCUUUUUAAAUAACAUUGGAAUUAAAAUAUUACAUUUAAAUAAAUAAAACAGUCUGCAAGUCUCCAACUCAUUCACGUUAAUGGCCUUGCAUCAGUGAGUAAACAUAAACAGCCGUGUCUAGGUCAGCAAAAAAUAUUGAAGAAAUGACCACAUAUUUUAUGAUAACUUGAUAAUGUAAUUAUCGUGACAGGCCUAGUGUUGAAUUUAGUUUUUUUUUAUUUGCGUUUUGGAAAGGGUGUUCUUGUUUGCAGUUAUGCAAGUGAAGGGAAAUUACCUGUAUAAUUUAAUAAUAAUUAAACAUUUUUCAUCAAAUGAACUUGGGCAAAAGAAGGAGCAAAAGGGGAAAGUACACAUUUUUGUGCAAGUGUUACAACGUGUUAAUGAAUAUGUUAUUAUUUUUAUGUAAUCAUUUUACAAGUAAAUGCCUGAUAAUUUCUCUAGUAGCUGAAAACCUCAGAAACAUUGUUUUCCACACCAUUUUUGAUUCAGUAAACAGUGAACAUUAUGGACUGAUUUCAGGAAACAGAUCAAAUACAGUCUUGGGCUAAAAGCCUUGGUUAAUAAGUGACUGUUCAGGACAGCAUUCACCGUGUGGAAAACUGGACCAGUGUGCUCUGGAACAUGCAGCAUAAACAGCUAUAACUUCAGGUUGCGGUUUAAAACUGAUAAAAAGAGUGAAACUGCACUUACAGAUUUUUCUGUGGAUUUUCAUCCACACUUCAGCAUUUUACUGGAAAGAUACCAGCUCUUAAAUAAAACUGUUUUUUUUAUUGUA